AACUAAUUAAUAACAAUAAAUUAUUUCGUUGAAUAAAUUUUGCUACAUAAAUAUUUGUAAUAUAAAUUUUUUAUAAUAAUAAUUUAAAUUAAAAAAUUAAAUAAAACACUAACGGCGACGUCCUGUCCCGACGUCACAGCGACAGCGCAAUGUCUGGCUAGGAUGUUUGUCCAUCAUCGACGACGUCUGGACAGGACGUCACCGGCGGCUGGUCAAACUGUCAUUGACCUUGCCAACCUCGUCGGCGACGCCGGGACAGGAUGUUUGUCCAUCGCUGUUGACAUCCAAACAGGACGUCGCCGGGAGUCCUUCGUACAAAAAUCAAAUAUAACUUUGGCGAUGAGUCUUCUUCUCCGGCGAGGCGCUCUGAUGUCUUCUCCGACGACGCAACUCUUCUCCUCUCCGGCGCCACUCGUCUCCCAAAUCUCCGACGACACUGCUCUCCGUCGUCUCCCGGUGAAAAGUCGUCCUCUAUGGCGAGAUGUCGUCGUCUCCGACGAGAGAUCUCCGGCGACACUGCUCUCCGUCUUCUCUCGGCGAAAGUCGUCGUCGGCAACGCUAUUUGGGAGGAAACCGGCGACUGUUGGAUGUUGGGAGGGAAGGGGAUGUUUGGUUGGAUUCUCACACAAAAUUUGAAUUUGAAAAAAGAAAAAGGGUAAAAUAGU